AUGACCUCAGGCCCCGCCCCUCUGACCCCAGGCUCCGCCCCUUUGACCUCCUGGAUCAAUGCCCGCCCCUCUGACCCCAGGCCCCACCCCUCUGACCCCAGGCCCUGCCCCUCUGACCUCAGGCCCCACCCCUCGGACCCCAGGCCCCGCCCUCUGACCCUAGGCCCCGCCCCUAUGACCUCAGGCCCCGCCCCUCUGACCUCUCAAAGCUGCUCUAAACUCUAG